CCUAAGAACUACACUUUCUUCUCUUCAAGGAAACAGCGCCCAAAAUAAGAGGCCACUGAAGUCCAAACUUCUCUGCAGAUGCCUGCACACAGCAGGGGUGUGUGUAGUGCCCAUUAGACAGGAGGGUAGGACUCCUCUUAUCAAGGACUUCUGCACUUGUUGACAUUCUGAUGCUGCUUUCAGCUGAACAACUUCUCAACCCUCAAUUUCUCUGCUGUCAGCCACAGGAAGCUUUGUAUUUCAGUAAUUAUUCUGUCAUUUCUCAUUUGGAAGAAGAGACCGGGGACUCCCUCUGGAAGGAACAUAAAAUCUGUGAAGUUUGAACGAGCGGCCUUCCCAAGAUGUACUGAAUCUCUCAACUGAUGUCAACACCAGUAGCAAAUAAAUAUCCCUCUAGAAUGGACAGAGAACAUGCUAGAGAGCCAUCCCCCCACGUGCAUUUUCCCAAGCUUUGAUUUCCUUGAUGGUGACAUUUCCUUUGAAUGCUGCACUAUAGAUCCCCUGACAGGCUGCCACUGUGCCUGCCGCAGAAGUCCCAGACUCCUCACCAAUGGCUACUACAUUUGGACAGAGGAUAGUUUCCUCUGUGGUGGAGAUGGCAACAUCAGUUUGAACCCUUCUCAGACCAGUGUUAUGUACAAGGAGAACUUAGUUAGAAUAUUUAGAAAGAAAAAGAGAAUCCGCCGUUCCUUUUCUUCUCUCUUCAACCUCAGCACCUCUAAAUCCUGGCUGGAUGGAAGUAUCUUUGGUGAUAUCAGCUCUUCCCCAAAUGAAGACAUCUGGUUGGAAGGAGUCAGAAGGCUGGACACGAACCAUUCUGAUGAAAACAGAGGUGAUUUUGACAGUCCUCUGCCUGAUGACUCCAAGUUGGCAAAGACAAUUUCAGAGUCGGUGGAAGCCUCCUUUUCUGGCCACAUCCUAGCUCAACCUCCCAUGAAACUCUCCCAGGACUCCUCUCUUCAGUCUUCAAAGAGAGCUCCUAAACACUUCAGAGAAAACAUUUUGGAUCAUUCAAAAACCAGUCCUUUGAGAGAGGCCUCCUUUCAGACAGUUCUGCUUAUUACAUGCUUCAUUAUUUCCGCAUGUGCAAGAUGGUUUACAGGAGGUGCAGUAGCCAAUGUCUUCACAUGUGCAUUGAUACUAACUAUAGUUUACAUUGUGAGAUCACUGUUUCACAGCCUCGCCAGCUAUUUCAAAACCACUGCCUGUGCUCAAUUUGCCAAAAUUUGACAACCAGUGAGAAAUGCCGCUGAUGAAUGUCUUCAAUCUGAGUAUCCGGAAACUGUCCGACUUGCAGUCUACUUGCAAUCAACUGCUUUAUUGGAAGGAAGUGAGCAAUUGGAUAAUUGAGUAAAAAAUUGCAAUUAGGGUAUGUGAUUUUUUUAAAAAGAAAUCUCAGUUUCCCCUCAUUUUGGUAAUACACUCGUGAAAGUAAUGUUAAUUUGCCUUUCCUUUGCAAACACUGGCAGCUGAAAGGAAAAGGACUGGGGAAAGUAACAGAGGAUAGAAUGCUGGCAGUGAAUAUUUCCCUGUUAUCCCCAGGGCCAAACAUUAACUUUCCUUGAAGAAUUCUGUGAGAUGCUUUCAGCAUUGCAGAUUCCUGGGUCUUCUGUCUAUGCCUAUGCUUUACUGGCCUGCUUUAACUGAAUAAUAAAAAUGAGUUUGUAUGCCCAAUGUUGGCUUGAAAAUAAAUGACUAGAGUUUGUACUACAACACAAUGUUCUGGAAGUUCAUUGUUCUCCCCAAAUGUAGCUUGAUA